UGUUCAUGUUGAGCGCGCCUUGCUGCUGAGGAACCGCUAGGUGGCAAUUAUUCAGACAUUCUCGCUGUACACUGGGAGCCACCGCAAGCACCAGAGCCAUGUAAACAGAAGGCUGAUUUCAUAGAUUUUGGCCUACAGGUUUUUAGGCAAAGUCUGCAGGAAUGGGCAAGCGAGAUAAUAGAGUGGCAUACUUGAACCCAAUAGCUGCUGCCAGAGCCAGAGGACCUGCUCCCAACCAUGGCACCACCAUUCAGGAUUAUCUCAGCAGACCACGGCCAUCAUGGGAGGAGGUAAAAGAACAACUGGAAAAGAAGAAGAAGGGCUCCAAAGCUCUGGCUGAUUUUGAGGACAGAAUGAACAAGCGAUGGAAGAAGGAACUGGAGAAAAACAGGGAGAAGGUACUUGGUGGAGGUGAAAAGAAAGAAAAAGACAAGGAGAAGGAAAAGAAAGAGAAAAAGAAGGAGAAGAAAAAGUCCAGUAGGCAUUCCUCAUCUUCCUCCUCCUCCUUAUCGAAUUCUGAUUCCUCCUCCAGUUCCUCCUCAGACUCUGAAGAUGAUGAUGAAAAGAAAAAGAAGAAAAAAAGAAAAAGAUCCUCUGCCCGGAAAGCAUCUGAUGAUUCUGACACCGAGUCAGAGACUGAUAGCAGGGAGUCAUCCAAGAAAAAGAAGAAACUGGAUGGAGAGAAAGACAAGGUACUCAAGACUCAUUUUAUGACAUUAAAGAAAUAGAUCACACCACAAAAGAACAUUCACCCUCAUGUCAUUUCACACAGUAGUGGAGUUUUUGAAGUUGUUUUUCACUUCAGUACAACUACAGUUCAAGUACCAUAUCUACCCCUUAUUUGUCAAGCCUCAAGCAU